UAUCUCUACAGUAGUUCGAAAUGUCCACUGACGCGAGUCCAUCACCAGCAGACAUGACACGAGUCCAUCACCAGCAGACACGACACGAGUCAAUCACCAGCAGACACGACAUGAGUCCAUCACUCGCCAGCUGACUCUCCUCCACUUUGGCGACGCCUUGUAAGUAGUCGGGGCUGUCAUCCCUGAACCAUUACGCUAAAAGGCAGUCACUGAUAAUGAAAGCUCACGCUUCAUCAUCGCGGACAGUAUUUAUGCUGAUGAUGGGAACUCAGGUCAGCCAAUGGGCUUACACCCCUGCAUAUAAAAGGAUCGUCUAUCCUGGUGGCUUUUGGGCGUUCCAAACCCUACAUUCAAGUUUCACCACGCCGCAGCUCGCUGACCAUGUCCCCGAAGACACAUAUAUUUGUCACAGGGGCUACUGCAUUGUUCAAUAGUCUCGGCGUCACAGCUGUCGUUGGCACCAAUAGCGAUUUCGAUGUGCUGAUAUCACUUGCUAGCGAAGCUGACGUAGUCUUAUCCUGUGCUAACGUCAAUGACAUUAAUGCAGCCAGAGCAGUCCUCUUAGGACUAAAAAAGAGAUACGAACAGACGAAGACCGUCCCCAUUUUCAUACACACUUCUGGAACUGGUGUCCUAAUAGACAACGCUGUUGGGAACUACGCUACGGAUAAAAUCUAUUCCGACCUAGACGUCCCAAUCAUCGAGUCACUACUCGAGACGCAACCGCAUCGUGAUGUUGACCUUGAGGUCAUUGCUGCUGAUAAACAAGGUUAUGUGCGGACGUAUGUCAUUUUGCCUUCAACAAUAUAUGGCAUUGCGAACACACUCCUGGUCUCACUUGGCGUUCAGAAUCCGUACUCAAUACAAAUCCCUGAUCUCAUCAAAGCCGGCCUUGACAGAAAGCAGGGUGGAGUUAUCGGAAAAGGGCUGAAUCUGUGGUCCAGCAUUCAUAUCGACGACGUAGCGACACUUUACAUCUCCGUUUUCGACGCUGCGAUGAAGGGGCAAAAUGAAACAGGUCAUGGUAGUGAGGGCUAUUAUUUCGGCGAAAAUGGAGAAUAUCGGAUGGGUGAGAUAUCAGAGGUCUUGGCAAAAUUAUUGUAUGAGAUGAAGCGAGGAGAAAGUCCUGAACCGACGGUGUUUACUGACGAAGAGGUGCAGAAGUAUUUCGGGGGUCCCUCCCUGAUGGGAACGAACUCCCGUGCGAGGGCGGAACGAGCUAAACUGAUCGGAUGGAAUCCAGUGCAUACCAUCGAUAGCCUUUGGGCGAGUCUCAAGCCAGAGAUCGAAACAAUAGUGAAGAGACAAAACGCAUAAGUUGGGGAUUUGUCGCACGAUGUGUAGUAACACCAUCUAUCUUGCACUUCUUUCCCGCAAAGUAUAGGCUAACUAAGAACACGUGGAGCUCGGCCAGGCCGUAUCGUCCAAAGUGGUGGACGAGAGUCCCGACAGUUCGUUGUCGGCUAGUUACGGUAUACGAAAGCAAAUACAUCAGAUUCAGUGCCAGGAC